AUGAUAUAUCGUAACGUUUUAUUGUUCACCUGUUGGACACUAAUCUAUGGACAACCGUUACCUGCGCCACCUGGAAUUGAUGUUGGUGCAUUAACUGAUCAAGCACGACAAUUCAUUGAUCUCUAUGGAAUCGCUGCGCAAUUGAUGAAUUUUGGUGGUUCAAUCAUUAAUAGUGCAAAGAACGUUUACGAUUCAGCCGGAUAUGAUGCUUCUAGCUUAUCAAGAAAUAGUGUAUUCGGUGAUUCCGUUCGUCCAUGGUUUCCUGGUGAUAGAACAAACUCGAAAAUUGGCAAUAUAUACGGUUCACUGCCAACUGCUGAAUUUGGUGAUCGGGUAUAUGGUAACGAUUACGGUUCAAUGCACCCGAUAAAAAGGAGUGGAAUUGAAACAUUGCUGAAUACUUUCUUAGGGCCAUCAUUUCUUGGACAAACAACUUUACCACCACCAAUGAAUUUAGCCAAUUUGUUUAAACCAGAUUACCAUCAGAGUGAAAACUAUCAUGCUACCGGAGGUUCAAAUAUCGAUCGGUUGAUUAAUCAAUUGAGGCGAAGUGGCGCUCAAAGAGCAACACCUAAUCCCGAGAGUUCACCAAAUUUACUUCAAACUAUUUUCGGGGGAAAACGAUAA